AGAAUAAAUCAAGAUGAAUUCGAACUCACGCGUGUUUGCGGGCUGUGCUGUACUCUUCGCUGUGAUAAGCGUAGGGCUGUUGGUUGCGGUCAUUGUGUUAGCAGUACAACUGGAACAGCUAAAGAACCAGCAGUCGCAACCAGGUGCAACCAACGGUGGUGCUGACAGGAAGUCUCAGACGGACGACUGGCGCAAAUAUCCCGCAACUCCUUCGGUAUUUGACACUCUUACAGAGACUGAUAUCACAGAAAUACGAGAUUUCCUUCACAGUCAGCCAGAGCUGAAUUUGGUACCUAUAAGCCAAGCAGAUAUGGCCAGCAACUACAUAUAUAUGAUGGAGCCUGUUCUUCCUAACAAGACGGACGUAUUACGACACUUAGACAAUGGCGAGGCAGUGCCCGAGCGCAGUGCCCGCGUCAGCUGCUUCAUGGGUGGAGAGAAUCCCCCGAUUAUCAGAGAAUUCAUCGUCUCCCCGAUUCCAAACAUUGCCCAGUACAAAGACUCCGACAAUCCUGCAGAGCGGCGCCCCAUACCGUGGCACACCAGACCCGCUAACCCUGUGGAAAUCCUAGCUAUUGAGGCAGCAGUGGUGCGUCCAGUGAUGGAGCAACUGUUCCAUAUUCUCGAGGAAACAUACGGGUAUUGGUACCACAACUGUACCGAUCGCUGCUUGGUGUUCAACUACGUACCAAGGGGUUUGAGGGACGGUGAUAGACAAAUGUUCAUUUGGGGGUUCCGCAGUAAGAUUGACGGCUACUAUCUUUGGCCAGUUUCUCUCUUGCUGCUUGUUGACGUCAAUGGGAAUGAUCCCACACAAUACAAUUUAACCAGGCUGUAUUUCGAAAAUCAUAGUUUUGUAAGCACAGACGAGUUACUUGCCAAUUACGGUAAUAUAAUAUGUAUACACACUUAUCCAAUUCCUACGGCGAGCGCCACAUAUGGCUCCCCAGAAUUGCGGGGAGAGAGAAAGGCUAACUGGAAGAAACUACCCAAGCAAACCGAGCCAGAGGGAAGGCGGUUCACUGUGGAUGGACAGAAGGUGAAAUACCUGGAUUGGGAGUUUAACUUCAGACUGAGAGCUGUUACGGGGCUUCAGGUGAUGGACAUCAGGUUCAAAGGUGAGAGGCUGGCUUAUGAAAUCAGCAUGUCUGACGUGGCUGUCUACUACUCUGGUAACGAACCAGCUGGUAUAUUGGCCAACUUUGUGGACGCCGGCUGGUCGAUCGGCACGCUCCACCAGCCCCUGAUGAAGGGAUACGACUGUCCGGAGAACGCCGCCUACUUCAACAACACCUUCUUCGAGUCUGGGACCGGAAAACCGCGGACCUAUGUCGAUGCUUUAUGUCUUUUUGAGCAAAACACUGGUCUGCCAGUGCGCCGUCAUCGCUCCAUUGAUUUCUUCGGCGCAGACCAGUCCAAGUACUUCUAUAAGUUUAGUAUGCCCGGAUCUGUGCUGAUUCUCCGCGGUAUCCCUACGGUGUGGAAUUAUGACUACAUCUUUGACUUUGUGUUUCAUCCAAACGGUGUUAUUGAAGUGAAGGUGGCGUCUACAGGAUAUAUACAGACGUUCACGUACCCGUUAGGAGGGAACAGCCGCUACGGGAACUUUGUGAACCGCGACUUCGGUAUCUUGGCCAACCUGCACCAUCAUCUCUUCAACGUCAAGGUAGAUCUCGAUAUCGGUGGACAACAGAACCGGUUUGAAACCUGGGACCUGCAGUUAGAGAAUAGGACCAACCCUCUGGCCCCAGAGGAGAGGUGGCUGCAGAAAAGGGCAGCAGUAAACCUUCGUAAAACAGAGAGCGAGGCACUCAUAAAAUACAAAUUUGAGGAACCCAAGUACUAUGUUAUGUACAACCAGCAGCGAAAUAACACAGCCGGCUACGCUCGUGGUUAUCGCAUCUAUGCCAAUGGUUUCUCCAAGGUGAUAUUGCCAGAAGGGUGGUACUCCGAAAACGGGAUCCCUUGGGCUCGCCACCAGUUGACCGUCACCAAAUACAAGGACAACGAGGACACCACAGCAUCCAUUUACAACCAAGCCGAUCCCUACAACCCCGUCAAAAACUUUGAGAAGUUUUACGGCGAUAACGAAGGUAUCGUGGAUCAAGACCUCGUGGCCUGGGUCUCUCUCGGUCUUCAACAUAUUCCUGUCAUGGAGGACAUCCCUGUGACCACAACACCAGGAAAACAGCUCUCUGUGGUCUUGGCGCCACUUAAUUACUUUGAUGAAGACCCUUCUAUUACGUCACAAGACGCCAUCGUGGAUCGUCCCUAGCUGUGAUUGUGGAAGUGCACCGGUUCUUAGCUUGAAUGCUUAAUAUUACUCCACGUUUUUUUUUUUUUUUUUUUUUUUUUUUUUUAAUUUGGUGGUCCUACGUCCUAUGCUCAUGACAGGCGUCACUCUCUCUGUCAUGGCAUUUUUUAACGUCUGUUUUUGAUUUGAUGAUAAUACCAAAUAUGUUUCAAUUUAAUACUUUUUAACAGAUUUAACAGUUUUUCAAAGCUCACAAUAAAUUCGGUGCAACAUUUAAAUUCAAAAGCGUGUGUGUGAACUGUUGAAGGUUUUUAUACUUAAAAGUAACAAUAUAUACAGGGUUGCUACUUAAUAUGGAAUAUUUUUUAACAUUGUUAUAUUUGAGUACUGAUUACUUUUUUUUUGGCUUGAGUCAUUAAAAAAGACACUAACACUGUUUGAUACAAGGUGUAUCCUAGGAGUUAUCAAGAACAGCAAUAACUUCAUUUCUCUUCCUGAAUGAUUUUAUUAUAUAAUUGGAAAGGGAGGCUAAAUUAUCUUUGUUGGCACUGUUAAACGAUUUGCAUAAUUUACUUUCAGUUUACUUGCACCAGGUCUCUCAGUCUGUUUUAUAUAUUGACCUUUGAAGUAUAAAAUGAUAUUCAUCUUCCAUUGCCCCUUUGGUCGAUUGUGUCACACCUUUCUGUUUCGACCUGGUGUGCCGCCCUUUUUUUGAUAGGUUAUGAUCACUUAGAUGUGGCUUAGCAAAGGCUGAUACAUUGAUGUUAUUUGUGGAAUCUGUAAUAAUAACGUGCUAGCAUAAAUUACUACAAGCCAUGUAAUCGAAAUAAUUCAGUGAAAAUAAUAGCAUCAAAAACGAAAGAAAUUGAUAAAUUAACUAGUUGUACAAUUAUACAAGAUCAGGGUGAAUAAAAUUUGUAGUUGUACUUAUUGGUAUUAACAGUCCAUAAUGUGGCAGACUUAUCGAGCUAUGCUCCAUCUUUUAUAAUAUCAUUAAUCUCGAUCUGAGGCGCUAAUUUCACCUGCGCCAACUCUGAGCCGUUCUUUAUAACUGCCCAUUCAUUUAUAUUCAGAACAGCUGUAUUUGAAAACACCACACAGUCCAUUCGCGAUCCGCUUUGGCAGCUUGGUGGCAGAUAAUUUCUGGAACUUUAAAACAUUGCAUUGAAGAAAUUUCAUGCCAAACGUUGCGGACCUAUGCCAGGAGACAAGAUGAAGAACAUUCAGUGUCACUUGUGAUUUUAAUUUUAAUUCGGGUGGGAACCCAAUCAAUUUUUGUUGAUUAUCUAUUGUUGAACAUGGUGAACUUAUUCCUCAACAUUCUGUAUCUUUCUCUAUAUGUAAGAACAAUUGUGUAAGUUGUUUAAUUUUCCAUUUAUCUAUCACAUUUUCUAGAGGUAUUUUAUUGUACUAAGUAAUAUCAAUCAUUUACGUUGUCAAUUCUUUUAAUAAUUAUCAUUAUUGUUGUAUUUUUUGUUUUCUCCAUAUGAUGUGAAAGUAAAUGCUACGGUAGAGUCCAGAGUUCGCUUCAUCAAAUUUUCUUGCGUCUUUACAGUGCUAAAACGAGCAGUCUUAGAGUACAUGUAUAUAUAGACCUUGAUAUCCCAAUUUUAUCAUUCUAUAAUGGUUUUUUAUCAAUUGACAAUUGAAUUUA